GCCCCUAGCGCCAGACAUUAGUACUGGCCUGGCUGAUUACUCCUACUAUCGGAUCCACAGCUUGAACAUCGCAGUGCUGUCGAGGCUGAAACACGAUCAGGCGUAUGGACAGGCGCGCGUAGAUCCGGGACGCCUCUCUGAUUUAGCCGUGCACCAAGCGGACUACAGCGACGAGACAUUUGUUUUUUCCGGCACCUAUCUGGACUCUUUUCUGCGCCCGGUCUCCCUCUCUCUCUCUCUCUCUCUCUCUCUCUCUCUCACUCACUGCAGGGCCUCUUCAGUUUACAGGAGAGAGAGAGAAAAAAAAGUGGGUGUUUGCUGCUCACUGGUGUUCCGGCAGCGGCGGCGGCGGCGGCGAGCGCAGCGAAGUAUCCUCGAUGGCAGGCUGGAAGGACGGCUCGGUGCAGGAGAAGUAUCGGCUGGUUGUGGUCGGAGGUGGCGGCGUCGGAAAAUCAGCCCUGACUAUCCAGUUUAUCCAGUCGUACUUUGUCACUGACUAUGACCCUACAAUUGAAGACUCCUAUACCAAGCAGUGUGUGAUUGACGAAAGGGCGGCCAGGCUUGACAUCCUCGACACGGCUGGACAGGAAGAGUUUGGAGCCAUGAGAGAACAAUACAUGAGGACAGGGGAGGGCUUCCUGCUCGUCUUCUCAGUCACUGACAGAGGAAGCUUUGAAGAAAUCUACAAAUUCCAAAGACAAAUUCUGCGAGUAAAAGACAGAGAUGAAUUCCCUAUGAUCCUUGUAGGAAAUAAAGCAGAUCUGGAACUACAGAGACAAGUAACCCAGGAAGAGGGCCAGCAGCUGGCCAGACAGUUGAAGGUCACAUAUAUGGAGGCUUCGGCCAAAAUUCGUAUGAACGUAGACCAGGCUUUCCAUGAACUGGUUAGAGUAAUCAGGAAAUUCCAAGAACAGGAAUGUCCACCUUCGCCAGAACCUACAAGAAAAGAGAAAGACAAGAGCGGCUGCCAUUGUGUGAUCGUCUGAGUCGGCCUUAUCACUGUAACUCAUGCAGUUACUCUGUACCACCCCACCCACUCUGCCUGACAUCACAUCCUAAGUGGAUGACUGACCGCUGCCUUCUCCACGUGCAUGACUUCAGACAGCCUUUCCUGAGAUUCUUUGACCAGGAACUGCUGUCCCCAGGACAUCACUAUGGACAACUGACAAUGCCAAAUUUUAACACCACUCUACCUUCAGCCGUAAUCUAAUUCACACGAGAGAGUCCCAACACUAAACAUUGCCUUCUAAAUCAGCCUGACAAAUUAAUGUUUUUGUACUCUGAAGGACUUCUCUUGCCUUGUAGUGACAUUUGUACUUGCUACCGAGAUUGAAUGAAAACUAUAUAUCCAGAAUGUUAAUGAGUUUCUUUAGUUUCCAGUGUCUGACCAGAGCAGAGAGAUUAUCUUAUGAAGCUUUGUGUAUGUUGUGCCAUAUCCACCUUUACUCCCAUGUGCUAAUCUGCUGUACAUAUGCAACAUUUGUUGUGAUUUUCAAAGUGUAUUUCUAAUGACCUAUUAAAUCACCACAGUACAGUGUGUGAGGUUGAGUUUGGUUUUACAUAUAUGAAAGUGAAUAUAUUAUAAAUAUAAUGCCUAGAUAGCCCUUAAAGCUACAACGAUUAGCUAGAACUUUUUGGCAUUCUGCAGUGAAUUCUUUGUCUGUGGUUUCUGCUUUUAUCUCAAUUGCCAAAUAUGCAGUGUCUACUGUAUUAGAUUUUUUAAAAGUCUUAUAGAUUGAAGGAUCCUUGUCCUGCACCAUCUCCUCAAUGUAAUGAACGUAGCAGAUUUGUCUCUUUUUUUCCCCCCCGAAGGCGGUGAUUUCGUCAGAAUUGGACAUCGUACGUCGUUUCAGAUUUCUAAGAAGCAGUGCAUACAUUUAUUGGUAGCGCUUUGUCUACCUUUGACAGCUAACGUGGUUACAGACAAGAAAUGCUAACAAAUCCAUCAUUCGCAAAUCAAGAAGCUUUCAGAGCUCCGUUAAGUUCAGAUCAUUCCAAUGUAAUGCAUCCUUUUCUGCCAACAUUUAGUCUACCAUAUAAAUCAAGUAACUGUAAUAUCAUUCCAGUAACACAGUGGCAAUGUUUUUGUUUUAUGUCCUUGAGUCAUUCUGUUACAUAACAUUUCCCCCCCCAGAUGAUCUGUCAACUGAAAACCAGGACAAGUGGAAGCAUUGAGAUGCGCGUCACAAAAACAGCCGUUCUCCAAUGGGACAUGAACUCACCGGUCCUGCUACCUGUGGAGCUAUCAUCACCACAGAUACAAUACUGUUCUGCCUUCCCCCUCCAACUGUACUUCUGUUCAGGCAUACAAAUGAAGUACUGCAGUUUGUCUUUCAUAUCAUCAUCUUGUAAUAUAAACAACAAGAAAAUCAGAUGAUGGAAGUAAUGGACUUGAUUAAAUGUUUAUACUCUACUUUUAUACAUUAUUUUCUUAUCAAACUAGUUGACAUGUAUUUUUAUAUGUUUAUAAGUGAAUACGCAUUCACAGCAUAGCUGUGUAUAUAUGUAAAGAGGAAUAUUUAAUUCUCUUGAUUAUGUCAAACUGAAGAUGAUUGUUGGCCCAAAUUUUCAAAAUUAGAUUUUUCACUCAGAUGUGACCAAGAAUGUUUUUUUUCUCCUUGUGGCUUCGUAACAGAAGAUAUAUUUGUCUUGAGGUGUCCGCCACCAGCUCAGAGUGUAAAAUGCCAGGUCGGGUGGGAGAUUCUGGUCUUUACAUAGGAGCUUUGAACCACACAAAUGAAUUAUUAGAAUCUUUGAGAUUUCAAAUACCCACUACCCAUCUUCUCGCAAAUCCUAGUGUACAUCCAGCUCAUACUGUUUUUUUUUCUUCCAUAUCAGUGUCUUUUGCCCUGUGUGUAGCUUUUGGUGCUAAAAUAAAAUCUGUCAUUGAGCCA